CGUUUCUUUUCACUGAUGGAGCACCUUCAAGGAGCCUGGAGGACCCUGAGCAACGGCUUUGGAAUGAAGGACUCUGUUUUCGAGGGUCCCUGUCUUUCUCCUACCAUGGUCCAGGGCUUUCCCUGCCAGCGGCGCUCCUCAGACGACAGCAAGAUGCCAGACUCAAAGACUAGUAGCACGAUCCGUGUCUACCUCCCAAACCACCAGCGCACUGUGGUGAACGUGCGACCAGGUAUGACCCUGUACAGCUGUCUGAUCAAAGCCCUGAAGGUGCGAGGGCUGCAGCCUCAGUGCUGCGCCGUCUUCAAGCUGCAUCCAGGACCGACGAGUAAAAAAUCCCGAAUGGACUGGAAUACAGACUCGACAUCUUUAAUCGGGGAAGAGCUGCUGGUGGAGGUUUUAGAUCACGUUCCGUUGACGACGCAUAAUUUUGUUCGGAAGACAUAUCUGAAGCUAGCGUUCUGUGAUAUUUGCCAGAAGUUCCUUUUGAACGGCUUCCGUUGCCAGACGUGCGGCUACAAGUUCCACGAACAUUGUAGCACCAAAGUGCCCACGAUGUGUGUGGACUGGAGCAACAUUAGACAACUGCUGUUUUGUGCAACACCUGGUGAUGGCAGCGCCCCGUCACUGCCCCCGCCAACGUCCCGGCGAAUGAGGGAAUCUUUGACGAGGUUCCCGAGCUCAGCCCACCGCAAUUCCACCCCGCACGCCUUCAACUACACCACGUCGUGCCCACCCACAGGCGGCGGCCUCUCCCAGAGGCAGCGCUCCACCUCCACGCCCAACGUCCACAUGGUCAGCACCACGCUGCCCGUAGACAGCAGCAUGAUCGAGCUAGACUGCCUGAGUGCCUCUCCCAGCACCUGGUGCCGUAGAUUCUGGCUGAAGAGGAAAGUAGGUAUUGUGCACUUCUCCCAGUCUAAUGUUGAGGCCUCACCUGAGAGUCCAGGAAAGGAUGCCAUGCGUGAUCAUGACUCCGCGGGGAGUUCCCCCAGCCAGAGCCCCACAGGCUGGUCCCAGUCCAAAGCCCCACCACCCUCCCAGCGAGAGAGAACCUCUCAGGAGAAAAAUAAAAUAAGGCCUCGGGAAAAGCGUGACUCUAGUUAUUACUGGGAGAUCGAGGCCAGCGAGGUUGUUUUGCAUUCCCGCAUCGGUUCCGGCUCCUUUGGAACGGUGUACAAAGGAAAAUGGCACGGUGACGUAGCAGUGAAGAUUUUAAAGGUCACUGACCCCACACCAGAGCAGUUCCAGGCUUUCAGGAAUGAAGUGGCAGUCCUGAGGAAAACGCGACACGUCAACAUCCUUUUGUUCAUGGGCUACAUGACGCAGGACAACCUGGCCAUCGUGACUCAGUGGUGUGAGGGCAGCAGCCUGUACAAACACAUUCACGUCCUGGAGACCAACUUUAAGAUGAUCCAGCUCAUCGAUAUCGCCAGGCAGACGGCUCAGGGCAUGGACUAUUUACAUGCAAAAAACAUCAUUCACCGGGACAUGAAGUCCAACAACAUCUUUUUGCAUGAAGGGUUAACGGUGAAAAUUGGGGACUUUGGUCUUGCCACGGUGAAGGCCAGGUGGACUGGCUCACAGCAGGUGGAGCAGCCCUCAGGAUCUAUUCUUUGGAUGGCUCCUGAGGUUAUCCGGAUGCAGGACAACAAUCCUUACAGCUUCCAGUCUGACGUCUAUUCAUACGGAGUGGUUCUCUUUGAGCUCAUGGCGGGAGAGCUCCCGUACUCCCAGAUAGCAAACCGAGAUCAGAUUAUUUUCAUGGUGGGCAGAUGCUAUUUGUCCCCAGACCUCAGUAAGCUCUAUAAGAACUGCCCCAAAGCCAUGAAAAGGUUGGUGGCAGACUGCAUCAAGAAGUCCAAGGACGAGAGGCCGCUCUUUCCACAGAUCCUGUCCUCCAUCGAGCUCCUCCAGCACGCCCUUCCCAAGAUAAACCGCAGUGCCUCAGAGCCGUCCCUGCACAGAGCCUCGCAGACCGAGGACAUCAACACGUGCACUCUGACCUCCACCAGACUGCCAGUUUUUUAAAUGCUCCAGCAAAAACCUGCACCUCCUUCUCUCCUCACACGCAGGCUCCUCCUCUUUUAAAAAUACUCAACUUAUUCCCAAGCCAUCAUUAUGCACAACCACCCUACUGAAAUACGUACACGACCACACACGCACUGUUCGGCUGAAAGACGAGAGGGGAAUGCAGGAAGAAGAGCAUCUGAGAUGGACUGUGGGGACGAGGGAUAAUAAAUUGUAAUUAUGGGAAGGUGGCAGCUUGAGGUACCCCCCCCCCCCCCCAUGUAUCAAGACGUAUGCCGACGCCUCAUGUUGGCGUUUAGUUUUGCUUAAGUUGUAAAUAUUUGCACGCACGCCUUCCUAAGACGAUGAAUGGACACUGAAGGAAGCUCGGGGGACAGAUGUGUCUCUUGAUUUGCAUUCUGUGACAUGACGCGCACUCAAAGCCUUUCUGGUAAAAAACAAAAAAAAGACUUAAAGCUUUCCUGCCUUAAGAGGAAACAAAGCCUCAACUAAGUUUGUGCACAACUUCACCUCCUCUGGUUACCACCAGGCCGCUGGAAGCAGUUUGUGUCGUUGCACACAAGUAGAUUUUUGUCUUAAACGAUGACGAUGUAGACGUGGGAUUUAAAAAAAAAAAAUUCUUUGUUUUAACAUUUUUUUUCAGUUGUCUCUGUUUAGGGGUUAUUUUUGAUGAAAACCUGUCCGACAGCAACUGUUCGCAUUGUUGUCACUGAACGGAUCAGCUGAGGUCACCACGAGCUGGACGUUCGGCGGGCGUCUUAAGUAUUUAAAAAAUGAUUGGGGAGCUCGUUCGUGUUUAUUUGUUGUCGCAUCGUGGAAGUUGAAUGUUUAGUUUGAACUUGGUGGGAA